GUCAUUCAUUUAUUUAUCUAUCAUCUGAUUCUGUUUUGUUUUUAUGGGUGAUUUUAAGGUUAUUAAGUCUAAGAAAAGGAGAACUCGCAGUAGUAAUACUAAAGUAGACAAUUCUUUUCUUCAGAAUUUCGGCUGUUACACUAGUACAGGACUUGAAGUUUUCUCUCGGGAAAGUGUUGUUGAGAGGGUUACAUCUGCAAAAGAAGAGAUAAAGUCUUCUGAGUUUUUUCGGCUGUUUACUAAGGACCUUCUUGAGAAAAAUGAAGAUUUAAGUAGUGUUGAUAUAAUUACAUACGGACUUGGAAAUUUUUCACAGUGUGUGUCUUCAAGGUAUCAGUUUGCUUUUAUUCUUGCUCUUAAAGAUAUAUGCAAAGGAGAUUCACUGUUGUAUGAUCCAGUUUUUAUUGCAGAAGAAAUUGAAAUAAUCAAGAACUUUAACUGUUUUAUUAUAGCAGAAAACGAGGAGGCAAAACGAAAGAUCAACAAAAAGACCCUAUUUUUUCUACCCCACUGUCCAAAACAGUUACUAAACAAUUUACUGUGGAAAAACUGGACCACAAGUUUAAAACAUUGUAUAAUUGUAGGCAACAGCAUUAACAAGAUCGUUGAGUCACAUUCAGAUAGGUUUUUAAAACAAAAUCUAACCUACGUGUAUCACGCUUCCUCUUUUGUGAAUGAAAUAACAAUAAAUAACUGUUUCAAAUACUCUGAUAUCUUUAAUGAUUUGUCAAUUCAGUGGUUUUCCGAGCAGAAUAUAUCAGAACUUAAUUGUAACAUUUCUGAAUUAAGUCUAGAGCCUUCGUACAAAGAAGAAGAUAUUGAGUUCAUAACAUAUUCUUUAAACGACUAUUUAAGUAUCAAGCAAUAA